GCGAGAGACGUACAGAGGAAGUAGGGGAAGAGAGAGGGAGGGAUUAUUUAGUUUAUUUAGGGGCUUGUUACAGUAACAUCAGGAGUCAAAUGUGUAGAUCAGGACGGAGACAGCGAGCAGAUAUCAACUCAGAUUUAGAGUUUGUAGGAAAGAGAAGAGAGCAUUGAGACAGUUUAACAGUACAGUUAUAACACAUUGAAACAAGAGGAGACAGAAGAAACAAUAAUAUAGGCAGUUUUAGGGUUCAGGGAUAACGGUAUCGUGUCCAAGGGGGAGUUUAGGAUUUUGUUUUUGGGGGGGGACAGGUGGAACGAGCAGCAGUGCCUUGAGGAGUACAGGAGUAUUGUCAGGAGCCAUAUAGAACAACCAGGGAGAUGGGGAAGACAUGGAUUAUAGGAGUCAUCUCUCUCCUGGCUGUUUCUGCAACCUGGAGCUUAGAAACAGGAUAUAACCACAACAUUUCUGUGAUCUCUCACACUUCCCCUUUCCUCACCUCCACUGUGCCUCUAGGCCUACAACACGGAGUCAUUGCUGCCAGGAGUGAACAUUUCCACCUGGGGAAUAAUGCCAUCUUAAAGUGCAGCAAUAAGACUUGGAGUGAGAUGAUCUACACCAUCUGGAAAAUACAACUGGGUGGAAUAAAGUGUCAAAUAUCAUCUAGUAAUGAUAACCAAAAUCUGAACACAUGCCAUGAUGGAAAAGCAAUGCUCAACACAUCCAGGGGUGAAUCCUACCUGCAGAUUCCAGGGUUCUCAAAGAGAGAUGAAGGAAUCUAUCACUGUGAGUCGGUGUACAAAGCAGGAAGCUACGCCUCAAACAUUGAUGUAUCACUAAUAGCCCCUCCCAAUGUGUUUGCCUGGCUAGAGUGGGAGGGCAGUAGGCAGGUGGCUGUGUGUUUGGCUGAAGGGGGGAAACCAGCUGCCUCCAUCUCCUGGAGUGAAAACUGGAACUCUACUUCAACCACCACAUUGAACCUAGAUGGCUUCAACAAAGUAGAGAGUCGAUUGGUCCUGCCUGAGGGGGUUGCUACGGGCAACCUGACUUGUGCUGUCAUACAUCCCUCCUGGGAAGAGGUGCAUAUGGUGACACCAGGAAUCGUCAUACCCUGGCGAUUAGUCAUAAUCUCCGUGGGAACUAUAAGCUUCAUCAUGGCUAUUCUGGGGUGUUUAUACGUCACACGAAAACACCCCUGCAGAAUUAGCCCCAAGGCUCCUCAGUCACAGGACUAUGUGGAGGAAGUAGAACCCUACGCCAGCUAUAUACAAAGUGCCAAUUUAAUCUACAACUCCUCUGCAGGCCUGUUCACAUAACACACAAACCCCUGCAUGACACUCUGCGGACUUUGAGGUUGAAGAAAAUGAUCCAGUAAACAAGGGAAUGAUGGAGGACAUGACACAGAGCUUCUGUUACAAAAGGAAAACCUCACAGAUCUGAUCACUCCUGACUGACGUGAGAAAAUGGCAAAAAACAGACAUUUCUACAACCGAAGAGAUGUGGGCAGAUGAGAGAUGAUCUUUCCAGUUUAGCAUUUUCACAAUUUGCACAAUGAAAACUAUGAAUUGCUGUGUAGUCAGCACAACUGUAUACCACUGCUCUCAUAACACACGCUUGACUGUUCCCACACUCCUGCCAUCUACAAAUCAUGGGGAAGAGUGCAAUUUUGAUUUUAUUCAAAAUCUCAAUUUAUAUAAUACUGAUGUGUAAUUACAGUGUUUUUGUUGAGUUUAUAUUUAUGAUUGAAUUUAAAUAUCAAGUUUGUUAUAUAAUAAAAACAGAUUCUUUAUAUUUGAAA